AUAACUUGAAGUAUGAUAUAUUUAUGGUUUCUACUUUUGACCUCAGGAAUUUGUUCAAUUCACAUGUCUCUGCCGCUCCGCCGGUUUUCUUGCUUCACUAAUUCAUGGCGUCGUCUGACUUGGAAGCAGUGCUGGAAUUCUUGAGGAGGAAUGGGUUGAGGGAGGCGGAGAUGGCCUUGAAGGAGGACAUGGUGGAGAGGGGCCAAAUGGGUGCUUUUGAUUUUGAGAGUUUCUUGAUUCCCAUGCCGCCACCGGUGAGGAUUCCGGCUGCUCUCCGGCGACUGGAGAAUGAGAAAAAGGGGAAAUUGAUUGGUGGGUCUUAUUCUGAUGGCGAUGAUGAUGAAGAAUUUGUGAGCUUGGGGUCUUCCGCUACUGCUAGUGGUGACUGUUCUUCAGAAUUUGUGAAUCCAUAUGGACUUCAUUCUGCAUCUCAGGAUAACUCAGAUACUUCAUCGGAUAGAUUAUCCCAAUUUGGCACGGCUCGUGAGUACAUCCAAAACGACCUGUAUUGGUAUGAAGAGAAAGAUGAAGAUGACUUCAUGACUCCUUCUUUUGAUGGCCCAGACUUCUUUGGCUGCCCAAGUGAGGAUAAGUUUGUCACAAAUUCCGUUUGUUCUGAACAUGACCACCAUAAAUGGCAAAGAGAUAUGGAACUUAUGGAUUCUCAUUUUGGGGAUAAAAGUAGCAAUCUUGAUGGGGGCAUUGAGCAAGAGAUCAGGGAUUGUUCUGAUUAUGGGUGUUCUUCCCCCCUUGGCAAAUGCUUUGAAGGAGCAGACGGGUUUUACUAUCAGGAUCCAGUGAACUUCAGCUGCAUCAGCUCUAAAGAAACUUGUUUGAAUGUUCUUCAGUUAAAUUCUAGUCCUAAUUCUUACUCUGUUAAAAAGGGUUCUGGAGAUGAAUGGGUUUGGGGGUUUAAAGGAAGUUCUGACUUUCCUCAUAAAAUUGCUGAGACAGAUUUCUUGCCUAAUAUAAUCACAAGUUACGGAGUUGAAGAUACUGAAAAUGGAAAGCUCGAACCUAAGGGUGCUGCAGAUGAGGAGGUUAAUGAUUCUGAUGAACUUGCAAUGUAUAACACCAGUGAGGAUGAAUAUGAAGUAUUCAAUUUGCGAAUAAUUCACCGAAAAAACAGGACUGGAUUUGAAGAAAACAAGGAUUUUGCUAUCGUGAUGAACACUGUCAUUGCAGGCAGAUACUAUGUUACAGAAUACCUUGGUUCAGCUGCUUUCAGCAAGGUUGUUCAGGCACGGGAUCUCCAUAAUGGAAUGGAUGUUUGCCUGAAGAUCAUUAAAAACGAUAAAGACUUUUUGGACCAGAGUUUAGAUGAGAUUAAACUUUUAAAGCUUGUCAACAAGCAUGACCCUGCUGAUAAACACCACAUUUUGCGCCUUUAUGACUACUUCUAUUAUCAGGAGCAUCUGUUCAUUGUCUGUGAACUCCUUCGAGCAAACUUGUAUGAAUUUCAGAAAUUUAAUCAAGAAUCUGGUGGAGAAGCCUACUUUACCCUAAGCAGGUUGCAGAUCAUAACCCGUCAGUGUUUGGAGGCAUUGGAUUAUUUACAUCACUUGGGCAUUAUUCACUGUGAUCUAAAGCCUGAGAAUGUCCUCAUCAAAAGUUACAGAAGAUGCGAGAUAAAGAUUAUUGAUCUAGGAAGCAGUUGCUUUCAAACAGACAAUCUGUGCCUAUAUGUGCAAUCUCGCUCUUAUAGAGCCCCUGAAGUCAUUCUUGGCCUCCCAUAUGAUCAAAAGAUUGAUUUGUGGUCUCUUGGGUGUAUCCUAGCUGAACUCUACUCUGGUGAAGUGCUCUUUCCAAAUGAUGCAGUUGUAAUGAUCCUUGCACGCAUGAUCGGAUUGCUAGGCCCUGUUGAUCUGGAGAUGUUGCUGAAGGGGCAGGAAACAUACAAGUACUUCACCGAAGAAUAUGAUUUGUACCUUAUGAAUGAGGAGACAAACCAACUAGAAUACAUAAUUCCCGAGGAAUCCUCGCUGCAGCAUCACCUUCAAGUUUCAGAUGUCGGUUUUAUUGACUUCCUUAGACAUUUGCUUCAAAUCAAUCCCAAAAGGCGUCCAACAGCAAGGGAAGCACUCAAGCAUCCUUGGCUUUCGCAUCCAUACUAAUCCCACUCUUCCUGAAUUGUUGGAAGAAUGGCUUCUGUGUGUAUUCUGUCUGUUUCACAAUGUCACUUUGAGCCCAGUUUUGGGAUUUUUUUUUUCUUUGUGUAUGUUAUUUUUUUCUUCAUCCCGCAUAAGUAUCAACACAUUUAUUGUACAAAAGUUUUCUUUCUACAUGGCGGGUGUUUGUAAAUUGAGAGUCCUUUAAUCAAGCUGACUCAGAAAU